CCCGCCUGUCAAGCACUGACACUGAGGAUUGUCGUGGUUCGUCUGUUGAUUUUUUUCUUUUUUUGAAAGCUAUUUGAUUAAGAUUUUCAAAUAUGUCUGAAGAAAUCGAAGAAACAAAGACUGUAGAGACUUCGGCGGAGGAGCAAAACGAGACAGAGACUAAAGUGAUCUGUCCGGAGAAGGUUGAGGAAGCCAAACUCAAGGCUAGAUAUCCUCAUCUUGGCAACAAACCGAUGGGUUCUGAUAUCCUUAGGAAAAGGCUUCAAAAAGGGCCAAAAUACUUUGACUCCGGCGAUUACAACAUGGCCAAGGCCAAGAUAAAGAACAAACAGCUCCCCACGGCCGCCGCGGAGAAGACUGAAGUGACCGGAGACCACAUCCCCACACCCCAGGACUUACCUCAGAGGAAACCGUCUUUGGUCACCAGCAAACUGGCUGGGUGAUGCUUCCGGCUGCCUAAACCGCUGUAUAACCGCUUCUCGUCCUGUAUGCUUACUAUUACUGCUACUGUCCCAUCGCUCUUCCUCUUUUGUCCUCUUUUUUUUUUUUUUUUUUUUUU